GAUUAUUAGAGACCUGUUUUAUUGUAUGCUCAGAGUUCCUGCCAAGUUUACUGUGUGGCUGAAACUGGAUGAAAAAGUUAUAUGUGAAUAUUUUAAAUUGCUGCAUUCCGCAGAUAGAAGAUCUCCUUACCAGCCUCAGUGAUUCUGGUGAUGGGCCAAAUGGCACCUUGAGGAAAUAUUUCUUUACAUCCAGGAGUGGCACAUUGAGUGAAGAAACUGAAGCAACUGACAAUACAAGAAAUCUUUUUUCCAAGAAUUUCUAGGAAAGGCAACAUAAUGUUAGGCUAUACAUACACCAAAUAUAUCAGGUUAUGUUAUUUUGAUGGGCUGCAGAACUAGCCAGUUAUAUAGAUAAAACAGAGAGUGAACUAAGGCAAGGCAGUUGGAUGCAUGCAGAUGGAAGCACGUGGCUUGGGCCUCACUGGAGGGAUCUAUAAAGGCUGCUGCAAAACAAGUUAUUAAAUCACUUCAGGAUGGCAGUGCCCAGUUACAUGAUAGCUGUCUAUGUGCUCAUUCCACUUGUAGUCAUCCUGCUCUUGAUCUUAGUUUUAUAUUUGCUCUGCUCAAAACGUUAUAAACUGAACUGGUUUGAGCGCAGUAUAUUGGAAGAGGAUGGAUCAAGUAAGGAAAUUUUAUGCCAGAAAGAGAAUGAUUUUGGAACUAUCCAAAAAACUUCAUCAUUUUCAUCUGCCUCUGCAUCGUCAUCGACCAGACGGCCAAGUGCGCUGCUCCCACCUAUCUCCCCCUUGCCAACUGAAACGGAUGAAGACUUCUACAUUCCAAAUCCUGACCGAAUCCGUGCAUACAGUUUUGCAGCUCCUCCUCGUAGUCUAAGAAAAACUGAGGAAGGUUCCCCCUUACCAUCCCCAGACAGGAAGGCUUCUGCUGUUUCGAUUGGUGGAACAGGCCUGCAGGAGAUCACAUUCAAUUUCCAAACGGAGGACAUCAUGCGCUCUGUGUCCACUGUUCAGGUGCCGAGUCAGAGGCAAGGCAGACGGGCCUCGAUGCAAGACAGGAUAGAUCUUUCAAAACUGGAUCGUUCUCUGUAUGAUAAAAGGCAAAAUUUACGAAAAAUGCAGUCCACUGCCAGUGAAGACAGCCUUGGCUCCAUAAAUUUCUCCCUAGACUAUAACAGGGACAUGGGUCUUCUAUGCAUCCGUCUCAUUCAAGCAAUAGAUCUUCAGUCACGCACCGCUAGCAAUGGUGUCAACCCAUACUGUAAGAUGCAUAUUCUUCCCAAGAAACAGCAUCAGGUGAAAACAAAGACACACGAGAAGACCACACACCCAGAAUUUGAAGAGGAGUUUGUUUUUGAGGUCCCCGAAGAUGAGAAGGAUUCUGCAACCUUAGAGAUUCUUGUGUAUGAUUAUGAUGUGUAUUCACAAGAUGAGUGUAUUGGCUGUGUUCAUUUUCCACUCAGAGAUUUGGAUUUGAAGAUGACGGAGAAAGUUGUCCUGUGGAAGGGGAUUGUACCCUGUGAGAAGAAGGAGAAAGGGGACACCGCACACGGAGACCUGAUGUUUUCUCUUACCUAUCUUUCAACUGCUGAAAGACUCACGGUGGACAUACUCAAAGCAAGGAAUUUGACAGAGAAGGAUGAUGGGAAGGCUCAGAUAGCUCCAUUUGUUAAAGUAUUCUUUAUUCAAGGAGGGAGGAAAGUAAAGAAAAAGCGCACCAGGGUGAUUCAUGGUGCUUCCAAUCCAGUGUGGAAUGAAGCUUUGGUAUUCCAUCAAAUAAGUAAUGCGCAGCUUAAGACCUCGUCAGUCGAACUCGAAGUGUUUGACAGUAAAAUGCCAAAUAGUGAACUUAUAGGACGUGUACGCGUAGGGGCAGACUCUCAAGGGGAAGAAUAUGAACAUUGGUUGAAUAUGUUACAGUUAAAACAGGCUUGUACUAUAGCUCGGUGGCACCCCCUAACUCUAUAAGGGAAAGUUUGUUUGUUUGCUUGUUUGAUUGGUUUAUAUUUAGGGUCAUGUCUGAAGUCGACUUAGGUGUUGUGCACAGUAUUUGCUGAAACUUGG